AGCCUGAGGACGAGAAGGGGAGGGGCGUGAGCCUGAGCUCUCCUAAAUCUCACCUUACUUUGCUACGACUUUCAAAUGUAAUUACUACAGCGGGAUUAGCAGAAGUAUCCUGCAUGCACCGCACUGUUCCCAUUCCACCUCAGCUUCUGUAGAAGACUGUGACUUUUACACAUUUAUUCCGCCGUCCUGCACAGAGAGCUGGAAGCAUUUCUUUUUGCAUGCUAUGUUCUCGAACAGGCACAUUUGUGAUGAAUCAGGGAUUUUAGAGAAUUAUGGAAUAUUCCCCCUGACUCCAGACCUGGAGACUGUAGAAGAGAGAGCUACAUCUUAUUUCAUAUAGAACCUUUUGCUCCCUGCCGUCACUUUCAGCCACCUCUUGGCUUGGAUUUAGUGAUCAAUCAAUGGACCUUUUAUGAACCCUGGGGAAGUAUGACGGCUGUGAGUGUACAUUAAGCUGGAGCAGCAGCAGCACAGGACGCUGAUUCGGCUGCGGCUGGCGAUUGUGGCUGAAGAUCCUUUCUACCCCCAGGAGCACCCCACGUCUAGCUUCUCCGAUGCACUAUUGUACAGAUCAGGUCUUGCUGGCAGCCGGGCUGUAUAGAGUCAGAAAGUGCAAGUGGAUGAGAGAGCCAGAGAAGCAGCAGCCCCAGAGCCCUGUCUUCCACUAGGGCAAUCCUUGCUGCGUUUUAUGGGAGUCUUAUUAUUAGCACUGAAAAGCAUCAAUCAAACAAUUAAAGCUCAUCAGACAAGACCCACGGGCUAAUGCCUCUGGCAAUCUGAGCAGCAAACUUUCCCCCCUUUGCUCUAUGCAUGUGAUCACCAUUGAUAUCUAAUGAGAAAGGGAAGGCGAUUUUAAUUAAGGGAACCGGCUCCCCCACAAUACAGCUCAGCCCCUCCAGUCACAGAUCUGCAGCUCUCCAUCCCCGCAGAGGGCAAUGAAAAUGCUCCCCUGGGCCAUCUUCUUCCUGGCUGGGUGGACCUGGUGUGAAAAGUUAUCUCUGUGUUAUGGCCUUGACUACGACUAUCCUUAUUAUGACAACGAGGAGGAAAAAGCAGAGGUCAUAGACUACAAGGAUCCCUGCAAAGCCGUUGUCUUCUGGGGAGAUAUUGCCUUAGAUGAAGAAGAUUUAAAAAUGUUUCAAAUUGACAGAACAAUUGACCUCACUCAACAUAAAAAUGAAAACUUGGGACACACCACAGGUGGCCUUGAAGAGCAUGAUCUGUCAAAAAGAAGAGGAGCACUCUAUCAGCUUAUAGACAGGAUAAGAAGAUUUGGCUCUGGUUACGAACGCACAAAUGUAACUGGUGAAAAAUCAGAUCCUAAACCCUCAGGGAAAAGUGAAAGGAGGAGAAUUCCCAGAGCUGCGACGUCACGGACAGAGAGAAUAUGGCCUGGGGGAGUUAUUCCGUACAUUAUAGGAGGCAACUUCACUGGCAGCCAGAGGGCCAUGUUCAAGCAGGCCAUGCGGCACUGGGAGAAACACACGUGUGUAACAUUCAUAGAGCGCACUGAUGAGGAAAGCUACAUUGUAUUCACUUAUAGGCCUUGUGGGUGCUGUUCAUAUGUGGGUCGAAGAGGAAAUGGUCCUCAGGCGAUAUCCAUUGGCAAAAACUGUGAUAAAUUUGGAAUUGUGGUCCAUGAGCUGGGUCAUGUCAUAGGAUUUUGGCAUGAGCACACUCGACCGGACCGUGAUGAUCAUGUAACCAUUAUCAGGGAAAAUAUUCAGCCAGGCCAGGAAUACAACUUUCUGAAAAUGGAGCCGGGCGAGGUGAACUCUCAGGGAGAACCAUAUGACUUUGACAGCAUCAUGCAUUAUGCGAGGAACACCUUCUCAAGGGGUAUGUUUUUGGAUACAAUUCUUCCAUCCCGUGAUGAAAACGGUUUGCGGCCUCCUAUUGGUCAGCGCACACGACUGAGUAAAGGAGAUAUUGCGCAGGCCCGGAAGCUAUAUAGAUGUCCAGCUUGUGGUGAAACAUUACAAGAUUCUACAGGCAACCUGUCCUCUCCCGGGUUCCCAAAUGGUUAUCCUUCUUAUACUCACUGCAUAUGGAGAAUCUCUGUGACCCCAGGGGAAAAGAUAGUUUUGAAUUUCACAACUAUGGACCUCUACAAGAGUAGUCUCUGCUGGUAUGACUAUAUUGAAGUCAGAGAUGGCUUUUGGAGAAAAUCACCACUAUUGGGAAGGUUUUGUGGAGAUAAAGUGCCAGAGGUCUUGACAACAACUGACAGCAGAAUGUGGAUUGAGUUCCGAAGCAGCAGCAACUGGGUUGGAAAAGGGUUUGCUGCAGUUUAUGAGGCAAUAUGUGGCGGCGAAAUCCACAAAGAUUCCGGUCAGAUCCAGUCCCCCAAUUACCCAGAUGACUAUCGGCCAUCUAAGGAGUGUAUAUGGAAAAUAACAGUAGCUGAAAACUACAAUGUCGGAUUAACUUUCCAGGCAUUUGAGAUUGAGCGUCAUGACACCUGCGCUUAUGAUUACCUGGAAGUGAGAGAUGGGCACAGUGAGAACAGUCCUCUGAUUGGACAUUUCUGUGGUUAUGACAAGCCUGAUGAUAUCCGGUCUACCUCUAAUACCCUGUGGAUGAAGUUUGUUUCUGAUGCAACCGUUAACAAAGCAGGUUUUGCUGCUAACUUUUUAAAGGAGGAAGAUGAAUGUGCCAAACCAGACAAUGGGGGCUGUGAGCAGCGCUGUGUGAACACUCUGGGAAGUUAUAAGUGCUCUUGUGACCCUGGCUAUGAGCUUGGUUCAGACAAAAAAAGUUGUGAAGCUGCAUGCGGAGGACUAUUAACCAAACUCAAUGGAACGAUAACCACCCCUGCAUGGCCCAAGGAAUAUCCACCAAACAAGAACUGUAUAUGGCAAUUGGUUGCUCCUUCACAGUACAGGAUAUCAGUGAAGUUUGAGUACUUUGAAUUAGAGGGUAAUGAAGUUUGCAAGUACGACUUUGUUGAGAUACGAAGUGGCCUAUCCUCUGACUCCAGAUUGCAUGGGAAAUUUUGUGGGACUGAAGUGCCUGAGGUUAUUACUUCACAAUACAAUAAUAUGAGAAUUGAAUUUAGAUCUGACAAUACAGUAUCAAAAAAAGGCUUCCGUGCACACUUCUUCUCCGACAAGAAAGCUGCCUGCAAAGAGAACAUUUUUAUUUUUGAAUCUUGCAAGGACUUGAUAAAAAGGGACCCAGCUGGUCGUGUACAUAUACUCGACAGACUGUUGGCCUCUGACAGUCUCGGAGACAAAGACGAGUGCUCUAAGGAAAAUGGUGGCUGCCAACACGAAUGCAUAAAUACUAUUGGCAGCUACGUCUGUCAGUGCCGCAAUGGAUUUGUGCUUCAUGAGAAUAAACAUGACUGCAAAGAAGCUGAAUGUGAGCAUAGAAUUCAUAGCCCAAAUGGAGUAAUAACAAGCCCUAACUGGCCAGACAAAUAUCCAAGUCGAAAGGAAUGUACUUGGGAAAUAAGUGCCACUCCAGGCCACAGGGUUAAACUAGCAUUUAGUGAAUUUGAAAUUGAGCAACAUCAAGAAUGUGCAUAUGACCAUCUCGAAGUUUUUGAUGGUGAAACAGAGAAGUCUUCUAUUCUUGGACGAUUAUGUGGCAAUAAGAUUCCAGAUCCUUUAGUUGCCACAGGAAAUAAAAUGUUUCUCCGUUUUGUGUCCGAUGCAUCCGUACAAAGGAAAGGAUUUCAAGCCACCCAUUCCACAGAGUGCGGUGGCAGACUGAAACCGGAAGCAAAACCAAGAGACUUAUUUUCACAUGCCCAGUUUGGUGAUAACAAUUACCCAGUCCAAGCGGAUUGUGAGUGGUUGUUGGUUACGGAAAGAGGUCUGCGCGUUGAGCUUAGCUUCCCAACGUUCGAGGUGGAAGAAGAGGCAGACUGUGGUUAUGACUACAUAGAGCUAUUUGAUGGUCAUGAUACAUUAGCUAUGAGGCUAGGCCGCUUCUGUGGAUCAGGGCCUCCGGAAGAAAUCAUAUCCACUGGAGAUGCAAUACUAAUCCAUUUCCAUACUGAUGAUACAAUCAGUAAGAAGGGAUUUCAUAUACGAUACAAAAGCGUGAAGUAUCAAGAUGUCCUACACACCAAAUAACCUAUGAACCUCUGCAUUAUGAAAAUGGGGGAUUAAUGGCCACAUGUGUAAACUUGACAGAGGAAGUAUUUUUAUUUUUUUUAUCUAACGUUAUUAGUACAAAUGUUUUAUAUUGUAACUAGAAACGGAAGCAUCAAGAAAGAACUGUUUUGCCCAGGAAGAGACAAUUCUUGCACCCAAAAGACAUUAAUAAUAUGGAUGCGGAAUGAGACUACAUUGGUGACUGAACACCGGGUAUUGCAUGCUGCUAGGGAAGCUACAGGGAAAUUCACGAAAAUGACAAAUGAUAAAAAACAGUGCAUAAACUAUUAUAUUUUUUUUUAACAACCAAUUCGAGACAAAGUUGAAAAGUCGUCAUUCGAUUUGGAGGCCUUGAGCUAAAAAUCAUGUGCAGUUUAAAUUCUAACUUAACGUUGAAAGAAAGACAUUGGGAUUCAAAUCUAAAAGACGGAAAAAAACCUAUAAUUUAUAUUCUAUAAUAUACUUUUGAGUUUUGUGAAUUUCCCUUUAAGCGCUUUUAUACUUGGAUUGAUGUUUAGUCAGUGGCCCUUGCAAAAUCAAUCUGCAACAUUCAUUGAAAGUCCCACAAAGGACAGCUCUACCUUCUGACUGUUGUUGGAGAAGAAAAAGAAGACAAGACGAAAAGUUCCUGCAGGCCACAGACUCAUGUGUUCACUGAAAUUCUUAGACUGGACUUUUGUGCUUGGCAGACAGCUUAUCGUGCUAACAAAAUAGCAUACAGAAUGCAAAAUAAGAUGUUUAAGAGAUGUUCUGAAACCCGAUCAGCAUUCCUCCAUUUAUCCAGUUAAACAAAGAUGCUUAGGACCUGGGAACUUUAAGCCUCUUUGUAUUCGCACAGACGUCUGUUUUACAUACGAGAAAUAGCCACUUUUGUUCCCUUCGUUGUAACCAUCAUUUAUACGAAUGUAACAUUUAUUUCUUCCUAAUUUACAUUUAUAGUGUGAAUCCUGUUUACGAAAACAGGUUUUGAAUUUACUGGUCUACUAUGCCAUGUGUUGUAAUGUACUGUUACUUUGCACCAAACAUAAUCAGGGACCUGUUAGUGGUUUUCAAAUCUGUCCUGCUUCCCAGAAUCCUCAUAUUUUGAGGGAAAUAAAAAUAAAUGUAAAUCUUAACAGGGAAUCUAUUCGGCUUUAUUGCAAAACGUGAAAUCCAUGCAAUGGUUACCUUUUAGUAUUAAUAUGUAUAAUGGCUGCUAUUUCUUUAGUGUGUUACCAUAAAAGGCAAACUGUACUUCUCCCUCCAUUUACGGAUGUCUCAUAGUAGUGUUGAAUAGAAAAGGCUGGUUUUUCAGUGUUAUUGGUUUAUUCCACUUACAUAUCUUGUUAUUGGAUGAAAUCUCCAAUGGUGCUAUGUCAGUUAAGAAAACACACAAAAGAUACACUGAUUAAAAUAAAAAUAAGUAAUCAAUAAUUGAGCCAACUAGGAAAUGAAUGUGUCCCUAUACUGGUCUAUAUAUGAAUACUAAAGACUGAGGAAGUAUAUAAAGAAAUCAUUGCAAUUCCUGCUCUGUUCUGUGGAGGAACAAUUGUUGCCUUAGAAUUCUUGCACAUGAUCAAACAGAUCUUGUAGAUAUAUCUGUAAUUUGAUACGUCUCUUGACAACUCUAACAUUUUAAUGUAUGUUACAAAAGAUCUUUAAGGAUACUGUAAACGUAGCUAUAGCAUAUAUUGUACAUAUAAUGCUUUGCUUUCAGUGUAGGUUGUACUGUUAUUUUUGAACAGUUAUAUUAUGUGCUUUUAGACAUUGUUCAGUGCUAGCCAUAAUGUAUCUGUAAUGUCUGUAUGAAUGUAAAUGUUCCAGAUGUGUGAAAUAUCUUGUAUGGUUGACUCGUUAAAUUGUUACUUUGUGCCAAAUUCUUUGGAUUUUAUUUUCAUAGUUUUUUAUUUUAUUUUUGACAUUAGCAACUUUUAUUUAAAGUUGUCAAAUGCCAAAAAUAUGGGCUAUUUAAAGGUAUUGGGAUUGCGACUGAAAUGGAGUUCUGUUCUAUUAAAUAGAUCUUUUGAUAUUAUUUGAUGUAGGUUGCUAAAUACAUUGGCUUCGAACAUCUGUUAACUCACCACAAACUUUCACUGGCACUAAUAAAUUGUUUUUUUCUUUAUUAAA